ACCCCGGGGAGGAAUCCGAGCCAGGAGGAGCCCCCACCCCCACUCGCUUCGCUUCUCGCCGCCUCCACCUCGGCGUCUCCCCUCCCCGGCGCGGGCAGGGGCAGGGCAUCCGAUAGAUACGCCGUCGCGUUCGGGGCACGCCGCGGCGGAGGCAGUCGGGCGCCCUUUCUCGAUCUCUGUAGCGGGUGUUCUCGAGCGGAGGCUGCGGCGGCUUCUAGGAUCAGGAGGUGAUCGAUCGAUGCUAUCUGCAGAAGUAUAAGAUACUGCAGAACGAUUCUCGUGGUGCCUAUUGUGGCCUAAUUGCAUGGAGGAAUAUUCAGACAGGAGAUCCAGAACAGAAAUUGCAUUUCGGAGGAGGGGUUCCAGAUUCUCUUAUAGAAAUCAAAGUCCUGAAGAGAGGACUAAUCACAACAGUGAUGGACUGGGAAGCAGCACUAGACUCAAUCAUAUGAAAACGGGAGUUACUGAUAAUCAAGAAAGACCAAGAUAUCUGCGCGAUUCAUUUAAAUCUUCAAGCUCAAAAGUGGGGUCUGCAAGUUCCUCCAAAUUUCCACUUAGAAAGUUUGAGGAAAAGCGAAGGCAGCCUUUGUCGACAGGGGUUGACAUUGCUGAAAGUGGUAGAAGAAAGGUUGAACCCUCCAAGCAGCUGGAGGGUAGUAAGAAAAUCAUUGUAGGCGAUGAGAGUUCAGACACUCUGCGGAUUGAAUCAAAAGGUUUUACUACUGAACAAGGUCGUUUGUUAACACCUGGUCCAGAAGGCUCUCAUUUUGCUGGUGCUUCAGGUGUUUCUGCACAUAGAGCUGAGUCCUUGGUCCGAACUGCUUCACUAAGUUCUAGGACACAUAGACAGAAAGAGAAAGAGGUGAAUUUGGGUACUCCAGGAGCAUGUUCUUCAUCUUUUAAAGAGGUGAAUUUGGGUACUCCAGGAGCAUGUUCUUCAUCUUUGACUAAUCAGUCUACUAUGCCUAGAAAUUCCACCACUGGUGUGAGGCCAGCUUAUGGUCAUGUUAGUGGAGUACAGAGACGUGGUCUUAAAAACCUUGGUUGUACUUCAGCAUCUGAUGUUCAGCCUUCAGGUUGCUCACCUGAUUCUGUUUAUAGUAGGAGGUUUGAGUUCAUGAGAAAGAGGGCUUCUGAUCCUGAAAGCUCUUCCAGAUCAAGGAGCUUUAGUGGACCGUCUAAUUCAGAUCACUCAUCUCCAACAUAUAUUCGUGAUACUGGUCCCAGAAUCAGAAUGAAUGAACAAUUACUUUCUCAACAAAUAAGACGAAGCAGCAGCAGAAACCAACAGGAAUCGGCAGUUUCAGUUAGGACAAGACGACCUUCUCAUGCCACUACGCUGAGGGCUCCUGAUGAACGAGCAGAUGGCAUGCUUUCUUUGCAUGAGUCUUCCACAAGGAAUGGGCAGUCAGCUCAGGAACAUCUUUCAUUGGAAGAAGUCUCCGCCGAGAGUUCAAUAAGACCAUUCUUUGCGGAAUUACCUCAUGAUAUUUACUCAUUUAGUCGUCAUCAAAGCUUGAAUACUCGAGAUGAAAGGGGAAGACCAAGCUACCUUUUUGAAGAAAGUCCUCCACAAAUGUUCCAUGGACUCAUGGGGGAGAGAGAUGGUCAUAGACGCAUAACCAUGGGAGGAAUUGCAGAGGUUUUACUAGCAUUACAGAGGUCUGAACAACAAGCUGAGCUGGCUUAUGAGCAAUUGCUGGUGCUGGAAACUAAUCUAUUCCUUGGUGCCUUUGCAUCCCAUGAUAGGCAUAGAGACAUGCGGAUGGAUAUUGACAAUAUGUCAUAUGAGGAAUUACUGGCACUAGAAGAGAGAAUAGGUUCUGUAAGCACAGCCCUUUCUGAUGAGCAGUUUGCGAAAUGCCUCAGAAGAAGCAUAUAUUGUCCAGUUGCUACAGGAGUAAAUAAAUCAGUCAUAGAUGACAUAAAAUGCAGCAUAUGCCAGGAAGAGUACAAGGAGGGCGAAGAAAUUGGGCAGUUGCCAUGUGAACACCGGUACCAUGUGUGCUGCAUUGGCCAGUGGCUUAGGCAGAAGAACUGGUGUCCAGUAUGUAAAGCGUCAGCAGUACCUUCGAUGGACUAAUCCAAGGAUGUUCAAGCUAGUAUGUAUCUGGAGCCCAUGACUGUACAUGUGAACCUGUAAAUAACAUGGGCUAGGUUCACUCUAGCUUCUGAACAUCAGAUACUCAGAUUCCGUAUGGCCCUGGAAGACUCCUUAAAGUGCCAUUGGAAUGGAUUGAAUCAGUGGUCGAUGAAUAAAUUGCGUUAAGUUCAACCACAAGAGCAGCCCUUUCUUGUUGCAAGAUGACGACCAUGCCAUUCCUUGAACCAAAAACACCUCGAAGCCUUCUCUCUUUAUUUCUGUUGAGUGGGAGCACUUGAGAUUGGAAUGUCCCGCAAAGUUGUUUCGUAAAAUUACAGUACUCCCAAGAUGAAACUGAUUGGGAGUAUUUUUUUUUAACUUAUCGGGUUCCGUAAAUAAAUGCUGCUGAUAUUGUAAAUUUUACUCCGCGGA